GCGGGAGCAGAGAUCUGCAAUAGAUAAACACACAGACUCUCACACACAAACCAGCUGGCUUGCUCGCAGACACACACCACCGAGAGCACUGAGAGGCAGACGUUACAGAUGUGGAGGAUUUCAUCUCUGCUUUGUCUAAAUAUCUUAUUUUAAUGGACUCAUCGUCAGCCAUCCUUUCAUUGGAAAAACAGCCACCGAGGCAGAGAGGCAGGUGUGCCCUUUAAGAGGGGGAGCAGCUGAGGCAAGGACAGCAUCCAAGUCUCCAUUCUCUGUGGAGGUUGUGCAGCCCUGAAGAGUGGGAGAAAGAGGGGUGGUGGGUCGAAGCUCUCCGGUUUUCUGUUCUCGUUUCUUCCAUCUGGAAAAGGCUGAAAUGGUUGGCAGCGUUCACGGGCCUAAACCUGUCUGAGUGAGCCCUAUGAACACAAGAUCCAAUGGACAUCAAAGGCCAGUGUUGGACGGACGAGGAGUCGGAUGGAGAGAAUGAGUCGGAGCAGUUCCUGUACGGCAUUCAGGGGAGCUGUGCCGCUGACCUGUACCGUCACCCUCAACUGGAUGCCGACAUCGAGGCAGUGAAAGAUAUCUACACUGACAGUGCUGUCUCUGUCAGAGAGUAUGGAACCAUCGACGACGUGGACAUCGAUCUUCACAUUAACAUCGGGUUCUUAGACGAGGAGGUUGCGACAGCUUGGAAAGUUAUCAGAACAGAGCCCAUUAUUCUGAGACUGCGCUUUUCUCUUUCUCAGUACCUCGAUGGACCUGAGCCGUCAGUAGAGGUGUUCCAGCCCUCCAAUAAAGAAGGCUUCAGCUUGGGCCUGCAGCUCAAAAAGAUCCUGAGCACGUUCACCUCUCAGCAGUGGAAGCACCUCAGUAAUGAGUUCCUCAAGGCGCAGCAGGAGAAGAGGCACAGCUGGUUCAAGGCCGGAGGGACCAUCAAGAAGUUCCGCGCCGGACUCAGCAUCUUCUCCCCCAUACCUAAGUCUCCAAGUUUCCCUCUGAUCCAAGACACAGUUUUAAAAGGGAAGCUGAGCGUUCCUGAGCUGAGAGUGACCCGUCUGAUGAACCGCUCCAUCUCAUGUACCAUGAAGAACCCUAAAGGGGAGCUGUACAGUUAUCCCCCAAACAGCCAGACUGUGGCUGUCCCGGCGGCCAGGGCCCCAGCGCAGAUUACCACGAGGCAGCUGAUUGAAUUGUUUUUCUCAUCCCAGGCGGGCGGCCACUGCAAGAACAUCCCUACCUUGGAGUAUGGAUUCUUAGUGCAGAUAAUGAAGUACUCGGAGCAGAGGAUCCCCACGCUCAACGAGUACUGCGUGGUCUGUGACGAACAGCACGUCUUUCAGAACGGAUCCAUGCUGAAGCCUGCGGUGUGCACCAGGGAGCUGUGUGUGUUCUCCUUCUACACUCUGGGUGUGAUGUCUGGAGCUGCAGAGGAAGUGGCCACUGGAGCAGAGGUGGUGGACCUUCUUGUGGCUAUGUGUCGAGCAGCUCUUGAGUCUCCUCGUAAGAGCAUCAUCUUUGAGCCGUACCCAUCAGUCGUCGACCCCAAUGACCCCAAGACUCUGGCCUUCAACCCAAAGAAGAAGAAUUAUGAGAGACUGCAGAAAGCACUGGAUAGUGUCAUGUCCAUCCGGGAAAUGACCCAGGGCUCAUAUCUGGAGAUAAAGAAACAGAUGGACAAACUGGACCCUCUGGCCCAUCCGCUGCUGCAGUGGAUUAUUUCCAGUAACAGGUCUCAUAUUGUCAAGCUGCCGCUCAGUAGGCAACUGAAAUUCAUGCACACCUCCCACCAGUUCCUGCUGCUCAGCAGUCCUCCGGCCAAGGAGGCUCGUUUUCGCACCGCCAAGAAAUUAUACGGCAGCACCUUCGCCUUCCAUGGUUCCCAUAUAGAGAACUGGCACUCUGUUCUGAGAAAUGGACUAGUCAAUGCCUCUUAUACCAAACUGCAGCUGCAUGGGGCAGCGUAUGGAAAGGGCAUCUAUCUGAGCCCCAUCUCCAGCAUAUCUUUUGGAUACUCAGGAAUGGGGAAAGGACAGCACCGCAUGCCCACCAAAGAUGAACUGGUGCAGCGUUACAACCGCAUGAACACCAUACCACAGAGCCGACCAAUACAAUCAAGGUUUCUUCAGAGUCGAAACCUGAACUGCAUCGCUCUCUGUGAAGUUAUCACAUCUAAAGAUCUGCAGAAACACGGGAACAUCUGGGUGUGUCCCGUCUCCGACCACGUCUGCACUCGCUUCUUUUUUGUGUACGAGGAUGGCCAAGUAGGCGAUGCCAACAUCAACACCCAGGAGCCUAAGGUUCAGAAGGAGAUCAUGCGUGUGAUUGGGACCCAGAUCUACUCCAGCUAAUAGAGGUUCAGCGGCGACGCAUGGAUGGAUUUUCUCUCUGGAGGAGGCACACAGGCAGGCGGGCUGAAAGAGCGAAUGUUUGGCCGAGUGGACCUCCGGCCUGAUCCUGAAGGCCGAGGCAGCUCUUGAACACAUUGUUUCCAGAGUCUUUUAUUUAUUUUUUGCUGGUCCUGUCAUUUGACCCUCUCUCUCUUCUGUUGUUCCCUCUUUCCGAAUGAUGAUUACAUGCUACAUGUUUAUUUAUCCAUCAGUUAAGCUUGAGCCUGGUCAGAGUCUGUCCGCUCCGCUUUUCUCAGUUCAUGAAAUUUUCUACAAAACUGUAACUCUGGUGGAGACUAAACCAGGGUAGUCACUGGUCUGGAUCUCCACACGUACAUUUUAUUCACACACCCACUUUCAAAUCUUGGAUCAACUGGGCUUUCUCCUUCUUCCAUUGAUCCGUUGGACUAAUUAUCUCGAUUUAUCAUUUCUCUUUGUGAAUAUCUAGUAAAAAAAAUAAUAAUUCCAAACAAUAAUUAAAUCCCUUUGUGGUUGGAUGGAUUUACAUGCGCAUAGAAGUUUGUUAUCUUUUUGUGUUUACGAAGGCAUUAUCUCUGAUUUCAUUUUCCUCAACCUAAGACAUGAAUUAUGCUUCUGUGAACUUAUGGUUAUCUGACGGGGAGCAGACAGCGCUCGGUUGUUUUUGUCCUUGUCUGACUGGAUGGAGCUGCCAGAGUCUAGUAAACGAGGCGUGGCUUGAAUUACGUACACUAUGGGCACUUUGAUUAUCAAAUGUAAAAAAAAAAAAACAAGCAGUUAACAACGUUGUGAUUUUUCAUGACAGGA